GCCGGGGGCCGUCCUACCCCCCUCGCCUUCCACCCCCUCGGCUCCAGCCGCUCCGCAGAAGGAGCGGGGCUGGCUGGCGCGCUCGCUCGCUCCCUCUCUCUCUAGCUCUCAAACACACGCACCAGGCUCUCCCUCGCUCGCCCAUGCAGACAGCAGCCGGAGCGGCGGAAGAUGGCUGACUCCACAGGGCAUCACCCACCCUCCAGCCCGCCUGCAUCUCCGACCCUCCCCGCGCCGCUCUCGCCUCCGACCCUCCCUCACCCCAGCUUCCACCGCUGAGCCAGCGACCCCCGCCCAGCCCCGCCGCCCUCCCCACUUCUGCUUCCCAGCCCCCCCACGACACCAGCAGCCAUUUCAUCUCCACCAGCCAGACACAAAAAAUGGCAGAAAUGGAGAAAGAAGGGAGACCUCCCGAAAAUAAAAGAAGCAGGAAGCCGGCUCACCCGGUGAAAAGGGAAAUCAACGAGGAGAUGAAGAACUUUGCAGAAAACACUAUGAAUGAGCUCCUUGGCUGGUAUGGUUAUGAUAAGGUUGAAUUGAAAGAUGGAGAAGAUAUUGAAUUCAGGAGCUACUCUGCAGAUGGGGAGAGCCGGCAGCACAUUUCUGUUCUCAAAGAAAAUUCUUUGCCAAAACCAAAAUUACCUGAGGACAGUGUUAUUUCACCAUACAAUAUAAACACAAACUAUCCAGGGCUUGCCACAGGAAAUGGACUUUCAGACUCACCAGCAGGGUCAAAGGAUCAUGGGAAUGUACCCAUUAUUGUACCAUUAAUUCCACCACCUUUCAUAAAGCCACCAGCAGAAGAUGAUGUGUCAAAUGUACAAAUAAUGUGUGCCUGGUGCCAGAAAGUGGGAAUCAAACGCUAUUCCCUGAGUAUGGGAAGUGAAGUGAAAUGCUUCUGCAGUGAGAAGUGCUUUGCAGCUUGCCGAAGAGCAUACUUCAAGAGAAACAAGGCUAGAGAUGAAGAUGGACAUGCUGAAAAUUUUCCCCAGCAGCACUAUGCUAAGGAAACUCCAAGGCUUGCCUUCAAGAAUAACUGCGAACUACUUGUAAGAAUAACAUACUUACAACAAGUCUAGAUUGUUACUUUAGCACAGUGAAAAUAGUUUUUUGAAAGGCUUUUGUUCAUGAUUACAUACGUUAUGAAAUAUUACAGCUUUUUUUUCCUGUUUAGAGUUCUAAUGCUAGUUCUGAUAUCAUUGAACAAUUUUAACAUCUCAAAUUGUUUGCAAAUCUUUUAUAUCUGAUUAUAGAACUUGAAUGGCCUUGUCUUACUAUCUUGUCUUGUACAGUAGUUCAUAAGGAGCCAUGAAGGGAAUGGCUAGUAAAGCAUAAGGAAAAAAACAAAACAAAACCAACCCCUGCCCCCUCCACAGGCCUCACAAACUGUAAAAGACGCCUCCCCGCCCUCCUGCCCCAAUCUUAGCUCUACAUUGUUCUCAGACACUAUUGUAAUAUUUUGUUCUGCUAGGAAACACAGCAGAUCUGACACGCAGUACUCCCUUUAGAAUUCAACUAUUCCUCUAUUUUUUAGUGAAAUGUAGUCAGGCGCUUUCCCCCUCUUCUCUUUUGUGGGGAAGGAGUGAAAGCCAGCGAAGUACUGACAAGGAGCCUGGAAUGUUUACAAGCCGUAAGAGAGAUGAUAUCAGCUGUGAAAGGAUCUGUGUUCCAAGGCAGGGUUAAUUUGCUGUUCAUUUUAGCAUUUGCAACUAGGCAAGAUUAAAAACAAGCAGGAAUGCCUAUUAUAUUUCUAUUAAAUGAAUCUGUUGGGACCUAAUAUUCUUGAUUAGCUUGUGAAAAUGAGUGCUGCACAAUGAAUUUUUCUCUUUACCUAAAGUAAACAGAGAAUGAAUUGUCAUUUAUUUAAAAAGAGAUUCACACAUUGCCAUUGAAAAUGGAGCUUUUGAUGAGUUUAUAGACCUUUUCCCUACAUUUCCUUUUCUUCCCAGCACCAGUAAGUAAAUACCUCAUUUGGCUAAGUGGAAGUAUUUGGGGAAAAUGAGAACACUCAGUUUUAUUUUGAAGCAACUUACAGACUUUUUUCUAAUUAUAAGUAUAUUAAAAAAAAGGGGCGGUGGUGGGGGGAAAUACUGGCUGCAACUCCUCUGCCUCAGCAAAUCCCCUCUACAGAAGAAGUAGGACUGGAGAAUGCUCUCAGUUCCAGAUGUGCAACCCCCAAGUAAGUUAGUCAGUUACGCUCAUGUAACUAAGUGCAAAAAUUGGUCCCUGGGAUCUCACUCUCAUAUCAGUGGUUUAAAAAUAAAAGGCUGGAUUCUGCAGUCCAGCUGAGCUGUGCUUGGCACAGGACAGGGGAAAUGGGGAACAAAGGUGGCUUUCUAUCACCUUUGUUUGCUUCCUAAUCUUAGGAUCAGCCUAGGAUCCGUUUAGUAUCCGGCAUAAACUAAAGCAGUGAAAGCCACCCAAGGGGUCAUUCCAAUAACUGAACAGCCAAAACACAGAGACACACUGGCCAUGCCCCUAUUCCCUGGGAAUGCCCCCUACAACAGGUACAGGACAGGGACUGUCUUAGAGCCACAGUGGUACCAAUGUGUCACCCAAGGAUACCCUUUACUAAGGAAAUCUCUACUAGCUGGUUAAGAUGUUUUCCAGCUGCUUUGUGCCACUUGUGUUACCCAGAAGGGCAAGACUCAUCCAUAAUGGAACGCCACUUGAACUAAAAGGUGUUACAUCAGGCAUGAAUCUGGGCCUCAAGAACUGAUCUUGCUCCCACUGUAAUCAAUUGUAAAGUUCCUAUUGAUCAAUUGGAGCAAGGUUAAGACCUUAGUGGCCAAAGAGUAGGAAAAUUGAGCCAAAUUUAUAAUUAUUCCCCUAAUAUAUAUAUUUACUAAAUAAAAAGAGUUUCAUUCUUUAAUGACCACAACCAAUUACAAGAGCGCUAGUUUCCUCAGGCCUGAUACUGUGCAUUCCCAGCAUGUGCAAAACUCCUACUGAAGUCAUCAGGAGUUUUGAGUGUAUCAGGAAUGCUGGAUAGAGUGUGACACAAUACACUAACGCUGUCUGAUCCAUGAAAUAAUUCAGUUAUUAAUCCAAAUGUAACUUUGCUUUUCUUUUAAAGUAGAUGAAUGGAACAAUUAAUGCCCACUCCAAGCAUUGUUUUAAUGUACAGUUACAUUUCCCCCAUCAAUCUGUGUUUAAAAUAUUGUACUAUUACGUAAGUCUUGCCAUACUCACCUAAAGCUCUGAGUCAUCCAACCUAGUAUUUUGUCCUCAGUGUGUUUUUUGGACAGGUUUCAAUUCUUUUUUAAGGAAGUAAUAAAAGUAAUUUGUCAUAGUUUUACUUUUCCGAUGCUGUUGGAAAAAAAGAAUUGGCAGAGAUGCUGCCUGGAGUCAAUCUGCACUGAAAGAAAGAGGACAAAAAUUAUGAAUAUGCACUUCUGCUAUCAUUAAGAUAUACUUAGACAGUACCUCUCUUUGAAAAUAUGUUGAUACUAGCCUUUGGAGAUGGUGGAUACUAUGACUUUUAGAUAGGAUGCUAAAUGUUUUAUAGUCAGGCAGUCAUUUUAUUUAUAUAUUUCCAUUGAGUCUAUGUUGUGUUAAAAUGCAGUUGAAAACAAAUAUAUUGAAAGUUAAGGGAGGGUAGUGUCUCUGUCUGAAGUGCUUGUCAAUAUUUCUGUGUCAUUGUGGGCAAUUUUCUGCUGGAUAAGAGGAAAAAAAUAGAAAGAAAGUAGAAGGAAAAAACAAAAACAAAAUGACAGGAAGAUUGUUUCCCAAUGGAAAAAGCGUAACCAGUCAUUAACAGUGAGAGGCAGAUGUUGGUUUCUUGCUUUUUGUAAAACAAUGAAGAGUUAAGACUUCAAAUGAAAGAGGAAUUGAAACUUGUUUAUUCAUUUGAGAAUCAAGAAAUCCUUGGAGUUUUCUUAGUGCCAUUUAGAGUAAGUUUUAUAAUAGCCUGUCAGAUGGAAUUGGAAGCUCAGGCUCAAAAGUGCUUUCUUAGCUUUAGGGUUCAUCUGCCAUUUUCCAGUAUGGUUUGUUGCAGCACGUACAGUCCCUACUGUUUGGGAAAUGCUUCUGCUCCGAGGGUGCUGCCAGGAUGG